AUGACCAACACGCAGUCACACAAAUCAGAAGUAUUGAUCGUGGGCGCAGGCGUGCUAGGAACAAGCACAGCACUGUCCCUUUCGAGACACCAAAAAUAUACUAAUAGCCAUAUUACUAUUUUAGACGCUGCUCCUCAGCUACCCAAUUCGUCAGGUGCCUCGAUAGACACAAGUCGUAUUUUGAGAGCAGAUUAUGCUGUCGAAGCAUAUACGCGGCUCGUGUCCGAAGCACGAUCGCUUUGGCUAGAUUGCAGCGACGAUGGAUGGGGCGGCCAGGGCCGCUAUCAUGAUGCAAGGCUUCUUUUGACGGAGCUUCCUGGAGUCGAAGGACAUGUCGAUGGUUAUCUGGAAGAGAGUCUAACGAAUUUGAGACGGUUAGCAGCAUCUGGGAAAAGCGGGUUUCAUGACGAGGCAUUGACGGAGUUGUAUAACAGAGAAGCGAUCAGACGACAAGCCCCGUUUCCCGGAGUCAGUGGUAAUACCGGCUAUGUUAAUGACAAUUGCGGCUGGGUCAAUGCUGAAGCGUGCGUCAGAUAUGCGUACAAGCAGAUUCAAAAGGUAGGAGAGAACCGCAUCACAAUCAAGAGCAACGCCAGAGUUAGGGGACUUCUUACAGAGAAGUACGCUUCCACUGGAACUGCCACGACGCGAUGUUGUGGUGUAGAGCUUGACGAUGGCUCCUUAGUACGUGCAGACCUUGUCGUUCUCGCUGCAGGUGCCUGGACGUCUUCCUUGAUCGACCUUGGAGGCAGAGCCGUUGCCACCGGUCAAGUACUCUCGUAUCUCACCCUUAGCGAUGAAGAACAGGAAACACUGAAAUCGAGUCCGAUAUAUUUCAACGUCAGCAGAGGCAUGUUCAUGGUUCCACCACACCACAAUGAACUCAAGCUUGGUCGCCAUGGCUUCGGGUAUCAGAAUCCAAAGCAGGUGCAAUUCUCGAAACUCGAGUUGGCUACUGAUGGCAGUAGCAGCCAGCGCACCGAAAGUCAGGCCGUGGUUAGCAUACCCAGGACUGAUCUGCCUAUACCUGCAGAGGCAGAAGCUGCGUGCAGAGAUUUCUUGGUCGAUCUGAAUCCACAAUGGAAGGAUAGAAAUUUCACGAAGACGCGACUUUGUUGGUACUGCGACACGCCAACAGGGGAUUUUCUCAUUGAUUACCAUCCUCAAUAUGCUGACCUGUUCAUCGCGACAGGAGACAGUGGCCAUGUAUUCAAACUAUUCCCUGUCAUAGGCGAUAAGGUCGUUGAUGCGAUAGAAGGAUGUCUUAAUGAAGAGUACAGAAGUCUAUGGCGCUGGAGGGAUGAUCCGCCCGAUAAAUUCGUUGGUGUCAACGAUGGAACACGUGGAGGGAGACAUGGAAUGAUACUAGAACAAGAGACGUGUAGGGGUAUGCCCCGAGCACAGCUGUAG